AUGACGGCAUACCUCCCGCUCGGUCGGAUGCAGCCGUGGGUCUGGCGCACGAAAAAGUUCAAACAGGACAGGACGAGAGUUGUCAGGCUGAAAGGCUCUGCUCUGGACUGGCAUGGCAGGUUCAAGUUGGACAUUUAUUGUACAUCAGUCAGAAGUGAUUGA